CGAACUGGGUGUGAACCACUUGGGACAGAAUGUCUCUCUCGUUGAUGUCCUUCCUUGCAGUUCUGCUGCUCGGGAUAUGUUUGUUAUCGGUCCUCAUCUUCAGGUGGCUCAUUUGCACUCUGGCUGUCAGAUUCCUCCAGAAUUUACUCAAUGCUGAGCUGAAGAUCAAAUCAGUGGGGCUGUUCUCAGUCAGAGGAAUUAGUAUCCUGUUUCACCCCCAGCAUACUCUGGAAAUUGAUAGAAUAUGGAUUUCAAGUAAACUGUUGAACCAGGACUUGCAAAGGUACCUGGCAUUUUGUGUCGGUGAAACCAGAGUAAGAUUAGAUUUACAAGCACCUCUGAGACAUCUGGUGAAGAAGAGCCAUGGAGGAAAUUCAGGGAAAUUUCCUGUUAGCCCUAAAGUCCUACGGUUUCUUUCACAGCUGCUGUCAUUCCACAUAGAGUCUAUCAACAUGAUGAUGCUGAACCUAUCCCAUGCUGAAUAUCUAUGGCACAUGACUGUCACAGGCAUCACCUUGUUGCUUGACCACCAGAGUAAAAGAUUGGCUUGGGACUUCUCUGUGGGACAGCUAAGCAGUAAAGUGCUUAAAAGCAGUCAAUUGGACUUAUGUCUGGCUGAAUUGUCCCUGAGCCUUGUGCUUUCUGGGGAUGUAAGCCUACCAGAAAUGAAGCCAGGCUGUCUGUCUCUUGGUGUGAGAACACUUCAAGCAGAGCUGCAUGAGAACCUGUUCCUCAGUCAGCUUUUAGCACCUCCAGCUACCCAAAAAAGUGUUCCAGAUGUAACGGAAAGUGAAAAUGAGGAUUUUAUCCAGAGUGAGGCCGUGGAACAGUUCCAUCAGCGGAUUCCCCAGAAGGUCAAUGUGGAAUUUGAGAAUACUAACAUAACACUGUCCAUGCAGAGUCAGAAAAAACAUUUGAAUUGGACUCUGAAGUCACUUAGAGUUUGCUAUGAACGUGAGAAUGAGCAGGUUCCCCUCAAGAGCUUCACUCCUGAACUGAGUUUUCCUCAGAGCAGCCUGGAGCUUCUACUAGAAGAUGGACUUCUUCUCUCUCAAAGUAGACAAAGAAUCCUUUGCCUGAAUGCUCUCAAGACUGCCCUGCAGGUUACAUCAGUAGACAUCUCGGGGUCUGUUACAGUCAACACAUGCAUCAUCCACUACCGUCACCAGGAAUUCUCUCAUUGGUUGGACCUAUUUCCAUGGGAACAGCUUAUUCACAGGAAAGCAGCUCAUAGAAAAAGGCAACCCAUUAGAGUAUUUGUGUGCACCUUCCUGCCCCACAGGCACUUCCCUCACCUGGAUGCCCCUGUGAUGAUCCGCUCAUCUGUGUCCAAUGUCAAUGUGUCCGUUCAGCUGGGAGACACAACGCCCUUCGCACUAGGCUUCGUCUCUGUCAGUGCAGAGCUGCAGCAUCUCCUUGACGUUAAAGUUAAUAAAGGAAACCUGCGGUCCCAGAAUGUACAUCAGCGGGCCUCUCUAUCUCUGGACCACUUUUGGUGGAGGGUUGGUCAAGGGUCCCAUAUCCAACAGGCCCCCCACCCCACUGGAAAACAUGUGUGGGGAGAGGCAUUAAUACUGGACUCACUCAGCCUUCAGGGAAGUUUCAACAGGCCCCAUAUGGAAUCUAGUAGUCAGUCUCCAAGUUUGAGUGUAGAGUCCAGUCUGAAAGGCUUUCAAGUGGAGCUCUCAGAGACCUGUGCUCUCUGCCUUUCUCGCCUGCUGUCCCUCUUCAGUCGUCCCAGCGACAGAUGGCCAGAGCAGUCAGAUGUGGUCUCUGUUUCUACAUCUGCAGAUGAUGCUGUCCAGCCUAUCCACUCCAUGCACCUACCCCUGCUUUUCAAACUGGAGUGUUGUUUAGAAGAUGUCAAUGUGUUCACUCUUUCUAAUCUAGCUGGCGCUGUGUCUUUGCGGGUGGACAUCCUCUGGGCCCUUGGCUCUGACGAGAGCUCCAGAAUGUCUCUACAAGGUGUGAGCCUAUCUGUGGUGAAGACACUCACCGAAAACAUGGAGCCUUGUUGCUCUGCCUCCCAAACCCCCAAUCCUGUACUCAAGCUUGGAAUGCUAGCCUUCUGCCACCACUUCACCACACACACCUUGGAGAUUCAAAGUGAAAAAGAGCUUGCUUUGGAAUGGACCCCAUCAGACCACAUGUUCUUGUAUCAGCAUUUGACAGAUGCCAGAGCUUGUUGGGCUAUGCUUUGUGAAGAGCAAGGAGAGGACAGUCCAGUCAAAGGACUAGACAAUGAAAGUUCCUUGGGCCAGUGUAGGGAACCGAUUGUGCAUGUACAGUUGGGCCUCACUUACUUGAAGGCCCAUGUGAGUGAAGAAAACUACAUUCUCUUGCAUACAGAGACCCUUUCACUCUCCAUGCAUGCUGGUUCCAUGCACAUGCGAUCCCCUCACAUGCUCCUAAACUUUGAUGGCAAUGACAUCUUCUCCUUCAAAGGAUUAAAUGUCCAGACACACUCAGAGCUAACUGAAAUGCAACUUCACAGAGACAGCUUCCCAUUCCUCACCACCUUUCAGAACCGUGCCUGGGUCCUGACCUGCCUCAGCCUGGCUGUGGAGUUUCCCUACCAGUACAAUUUCUCUAACACCUUUGACAAGGCCAUCAGUGUGCAGAAGUGGCUGAAGACACUUCACCUCUCUGCAAGCCAGUCUACUGCCAUUCAGUGCCUGCCCCCUGACCUGGUCUUCAAAAUAAGCCAGUUCUCUUUUGUUUUCUUGGAUGAUGUUUUUGAAAUCAAGCUGCGUGACAACUAUGAGCUGAUGAAGGAUGAGAGCAAGGAAAGUGCCAAGCGGCUGCAGCUUCUGGAUAAGAAAGUGGCUGAUCUGCGCAAGCAGCAUGGGGAGCUUCUUCCAGCAAGGAAAAUAGAGGAGUUGUAUAGCUCACUGGAAAAGAAGCACAUUGAGAUCUACAUCCAGCGUUCACGCCGCCUCUAUGCCAACACACCCAUGAGGAAAUCCCUGCUUACCUGGACUGUGUCAGACCUGGAACUUGUGGCUUUGGCUGACCAAUCCCUUCAUGGGCCAGAAAGAGUGAGAGAGCAGCUGAGGGACAUUGAUGACAUCAGUCCCUUCCCUAGAGAGGGGCUCCCUUUGGUGGUCCAGUGGUGCCGUGCCAUCAAGUUCAAACUCACUGCCUUCUUGGUGAGAAUUCGCGACUACCCCCGAUACCUGUUUGAGAUCCGGGACUGGGAGCUGUCAGGGCGUCUUAUUGGGACAGAGCAGGAUGGACAGGCACAAGCUCAUCGCAGGCAGGUUAUUACACUUGGCCCACCAUGGGGAGAUGUGACAGUCCACAGGAACAUGCCACCACUGAAGUUUUACUAUGACUUCAAAUCCGUUAUAUUGCUGUACACUAUUGUCUGGGGGCCGUGUUGGGACCCUGCCUGGACUUUGAUUGGCCAGGUGGUUGACCUGCUGACCAAACCCACAGUUGACCCAUCACCUCCCCUUGCCUGGUGGGACAAAAGUCGCUUGCUACUGCAUGGACAUUGGGUAAUGGAAAUUGAUCAGGCCAACCUUCAUCAACUGGCAACAGAGGACCCUUAUAACACUACAGAAAACUUGCACUGGGAAUGGAAUAAGUUAAACUUUGACUGGAAACCCGGGCAAUUUGUCUUUAAAGGUGACAUGGACGUCAAUGUGAGGACAGCUUCAAAGUAUGAUGACAUCUGUUUCCUACACCUCCCUAAUUUAUGCAUGACCCUUGACCUUCAGUGGCUUUGCCAUGGCAACCCCCAUGACCACCAUGCUGUAAUACUCUGCUGUGCGGAGAACAUUGCAGAUGUGACCUCAGGACAGCCUCAUGACUCCUACAGAGCCUUCCGCUCAGAGAACCUCAACCUCUCCAUCACAAUGGAUCUUAACCAACACUGUAGCACAGAACCUUGCCAGCCCAGGAUCCUCCUCUACAGCAGCACUCUGCGCUGGAUGCAGAAUUUUUGGGCCACCUGGACUAGUGUGUCUCGUCCAAUCUGCAGGGGCAAGCUGUUCCACAGCCUCAGGCCCAUCCGCAAGAAGCUGGGUCAGCAUUACAAACAAAUGUCUUACACUGCAGCCUUCCCACAACUACAAGUGCAUUACUGGGCCUCUUUUGCCCAGCAAAGAGGCAUCCAGGUGGAGUGCAACAAAGGGCACGUCUUCACCAGAGGGGCACAGAGACUUAUCCCACAGGCUGGCACUGUGAUGAGAAGACUGAUCUCUGAGUGGAACGUGACCCAGAUGGUUAGCGAGCUAUCGGAAGUGACAGUUCACCUGAUGGCCUCCACCUGGGAUGAGACGGCUGACCACCAAAUCAAUGCCCAAGUGAAGAAGACUCACCUGCUCAGCCUUUCUUCCCUCAGCUACCAGCGACAGAGCAACCGCAUGGAAGAGGAGGUGAACCCCAAGGAUGAGAGCAAUGCCUCCUAUACCCAUAAGCUGCGUUUGGUUGACCUCCGUGCCUCCUGGACCACCACAAACAGAAACAUAGCCUUUGGGCUGUAUGAUGGCUAUAAAAAGGCGGCUGUGUUGAAGAGGAACCUCUCCACGGAAGCACUAAAGGGCCUCAGAAUCGACACACAACUUCAGGCCAAGAAGCUCAAACGUUCCCCCUCUAACUACUCUCCUACCACAGUGCCCACGACCCCCAUCAUUGCCAGUGUCAGCCGACCUGAAAAAAGUCAAAACGAAGGAACAUCCAUGCUGCAGAAGCUGAUUGAGGAGACUGAUAAGUUUGUGGUGUUCUCGGAGGAAGACUCAGGUGUGAGUGACCAGCUUUGUGGCAUUGCAGCCUGUCAGACCGAUGAUGUCUAUAACCGCAAUUGGUUUAUCGAGCUGGUCAACUGUCAGAUGAUGCUGCGUGGCACAGAGACUGCAGGCUGUGUGCUGGUGUCUGCAGCCAAGGCCCAGCUACUGCAGUGUGAGCACCACCCAGCCUGGUAUAAUGACACUCUGAAGCAAAAGACCACCUGGACUUGCCUGCUGGAUGGCAUGCAGUACUUUGCCACAAUGGAGCCCAACCCCUCUGAACACGAGGACAGGCAGCUGUGGUUAGAGGUGAAAAAUAUUGAGGAGCACAGGCAGCGUAACCUGGACUCUGUUCUGGAGCUGAUGGAGAGUGGCCAGGCUGUGGGAGGCAUGGUUAGCACCACCACAGACUGGAACCAACCAGCCCAGGUGAACGAGACCCAGCAAGUGCAGCGUAUCAUAUCUCGCUGUAGUUGCCGCAUGUACUACAUUGGCUACAGCCAUGACAUUGAUCCAGAGCUUGCCACACAGAUCAAACCACCAGAACUGCGAAAUAACCAUGAGAAAGAGGACCUGCUCAAAAAACAGGCUGGGGCUAUGGAUACAUUUACUCUUAUCCACCAUGACCUUGAGAUCUCCACCAACCCUGUCCAAUAUGCCAUGAUCCUUGACAUAGUCAACAACCUGCUGUUGCAUGUGGAGCCCAAACGCAAGGAGCACAGUGAGAAGAAGCAGCGUGUGCGUUUCCAACUGGAGAUCUCUAGCAACCCUGAGGAACAGCGAAGCAGCAUCUUACACCUCCAGGAGGCAGUGAGGCAGCAUGUUGCCCAGAUCAGGUGGCUUGAAAAACAGAUCUACUCCAACAUCAGGGCACAGCCUGAGGAGCUGAGUGGGGAUGAACUGGCAGAGAUCAACGUGAGACUACAGAACCAGCUCAACCAGGAGAAGACCGACAUGCAGAUGAAGAGUGAAGAGCUCAACAUUCUCAUCAGGUGCUUUAAGGACUUCCAGUUGCAACGGACCAACAAACUGGAGCUGCGUAAGCCCCCAGAGGAUGUGAGUGUGGUGAGGAGAACCGAGAUCUACUUUGCUCAGGCUCGCUGGUGUUUGACUGAAGAGGAUGGCCAGCUUGGCAUUGCAGAGCUGGAGCUUCAGAGAUUCAUGUACAGCAAGCUGAACAAAUCUGACGACACAGCAGAGCAUCUCUUAGAGCUAGGCUGGUUCACAAUGAACAACCUACUACCCAAUGCAGCAUACAAGGUGGUGCUUCGUCCUCAGAGUGUGUGUCAGUCUGGACGCCAGUUUGCCUUGCGUAUCUUUAGUAAAGUGCGCCCCCCUGUGGGGGGGAUCUCUGUCAAGGAACACUUUGAGGUGAAUGUGGUGCCUCUCACCAUCCAGCUAAUGUACCAGUUUUUCAAAAGAAUGAUGGGAUUUUUCUUCCCGGGAAGAAAUGUGGAGGAAGAGGAAGUUACUGAUGAGGAAGACAAGUUCCGAUUGGUUACUACCGGUAUCCCUGUGAAGCCUCGGCAACUCUCAGAGGACACAAUGGGUCCCAGUAAAGGUGUCACUCAGGGAUUGAACCGCAGUGCAGGGGUCAGGAGGUCAUUCAGAAAGGCUCCUGAGCAUCCUGUUGAUGACAUUGAUAAGAUGAAGGAAAGGGCUGCCAUGAACAACUCCUUCAUCUACAUUAAGAUUCCCCAAGUGCCCCUCUGUGUCAGCUACAAGGGAGAGAAGAGUAGUGUGGACUGGAAGGACCUGAACCUGGUUCUGCCCUGUCUAGAGUACCACAACAAUACUUGGACCUGGCUAGAUUUCGCCAUGGCUGUGAAAAGGGACAGUCGGAAAGCCCUCGUUGCACAGAUGAUUAAGGAGAAACUACGACUGAAGCCUGCUUCAGGCACAGACCCACGGGGCAAAACAUUUGAAGCAAAGUCCGACAAUAGCCUGCAGCAGCAAGAGGAAGAUGAAAAGGCCAGGCUCCUCAUUGGGCUCAGCACCACAGACAAGAGUUCCAGCAAGAAGAGUAUCUUCAGCCGUCGCAAGUGACGCAUGCGUGUGUGCGCACACACUCUUAAACCAGAACUUGACUUGAUAAUCUACUAUGGCAGCUACCACAGUAAAGGGAAUCAGGGAGAUAGUGGACAGUCUGGUGUGUGUGUCAGAUCAGUUAGCCUUUCAGGACAUUCUUUGAUGUGGUGUACCUAAAAUGGAGAACGAGGCGUUAGAUCCUAUUUGGGGAACAGAUGUGUUGUAAAUUGUAUUGGAGGCUUCCUGCUUGCCAGUUGCCUAUAAACCUGCUGAAAUUAAAAGAUGGGUCUGGUGAUUUUCUGGGUUUGAGUAGAAGAUACUUAUGUUACUCAAAACUGAAAUCAUGGCCCAGAUCCCAAUCAAAAUUCCUUUUAAAGAAACAUAAACAGUACCAGGAUCAGAAGGGUGACAUUUUGACCAAACUUUUUAUCUUGCUUGUUCUUGUGCCAUCAAAUUGACUGUAUUCUUUUCAUUCACUCACCUUUCAAAAAGACCUUGCGCCUUUCAUCUUUUCCUGCUGGCUCGGGAAAAUUGUAUGUCAAUGUCUGCUACAUUAUAUAGGACUAGGUUGAAAGCCAUCUUGAGAACCACUUAAAUGCUGUCAGUUAUGAUGGUUAUGGUUAAACUUUUCUUUUAUCAAAGCUGAGAAAAAAAAUGACGUGCUUGUAUGAUUGCCACUUUGGCAGGAAGGCCACUACUAUAAAAGACCACAACCUUACACUAUCUUGUUUUUAUUAUGGUAUUGCCCACAUUCUUAAGAUGGCACACAUUUUAUUGUAAAAACAAUUAUAUGCUUGUAUGAUUGCCCCUUUGGCAGGAAGGCCACUACUAGAAAUGACCACAACCUUACACUCACUAUCUUGUUUUUAUUAUAGUAUUGCCCACAUUCUUCAGAUGGCAGACGUUUUAUUGUACCCCACAACAGUGCAAUAUUCCAAGAACAAAUCAGCAAAAAUCUACCAAUUUGUGUUAAAUUAUCGCACUUGCAAUGAUGGCAUCGAUGGUCUUGGCAAAAAUAUGUUGCAGCUAAUAGCUGAGUGAUGUUUUGUAACACUUUAACACUAAAGCACUUUUUAUGCAAAGUAUUUUCUGAUAUUUUUGUAUAUGGUUGUCUCCGUUGAAUUACUUGUACAACUGUGCUGCUAAGCCUCUUAGUUCUGUCACACUCUUCUGUCGAAACAUAUUUUUGCCUCAACAUUUCAGUUAAACGGUUUUGUAAACUAAUGGAUUCCCAUAGUUCACUAUCAGCUUUGUUCUGUCGGAGCCUGCUUUGUUUUAUUGUUAAUUUGUCAAUAAACAAAUGUU